AUGGUUUGUGAGGAGAAAUCAUAUCACCCAUCUCACAUACUCCUCUUCAAUCAUCAAAAUGAACUUCCUCUUGGCGUUCAUCCUUCUCGCCAUCGUCGCUGCUCUCGUCUACGCUCACACGCAAGGACUUUUGUUGCCAACCAUUCAGCGAAUCCAAGACGUGAUCCAGAAGUGCGUUGGUGGAGCCGCCGGCACUCAGCCAUUGCAACCAGUCGGUCCCUCAAACAAACGGAAAUAGGCAUCGAUCGACGGUUUGACUGGCCUCUCUUCAUGAUCUCAUUCCCGCGUUCAGUCUGGACUCUUCCUUCACAA